UGACAAGUGUCAUUUUCCAGUGCGACACUUCUUCUUAUUACGGGAGUGUGUUUUCGUUUUGGUUUACAAAGUUAUUAUUUUCUAAUGAACGUGGCGAAUGUUGCUGUGCUAACGAAAAGAUUAUCUAUUUAUUCUCUUUCGCUGAUAUAGUGGUAAAAUCAAGAUAUAACAUUGAAAUAUGGGUUUGUGCAAAUGCCCGAAACGGCAAGUCACAACGCAGUUCUGCUUCGAACAUCGUGUUAAUGUUUGUGAAAAUUGUAUGGUCGUGAAUCACACGAAGUGCACCGUUCAAUCCUAUAUUCAAUGGUUGAAAGACAGUGACUUUGACUCAUGUUGUACAUUAUGUGGAAGUUUACUGGACGAUGAGGAUUGUGUGCGUUUGAUUUGCUAUCAUGUUUUCCAUUGGAAUUGUUUGAAUUUGAAGCAACAAUCCCUACCGGCGAACACAGCCCCAGGCGGACAUACCUGUCCAACAUGCAGCGAUCCAAUCUUUCCCCCUGCUAAUCUAGUUUCGCCCGUGGCUGAUGUUCUAAGGACCCGACUUUGCCAAGUGAAUUGGGCAAGAAAUAUUUUGGAGCUACCACUGCUCCUGGAAGAAAAAUCGGAUUAUGCGGCAGGACCGAGUAGCUCACAUCAUGAUAAUAUAUUUAACAAUAUGUCACAGAACCGAAAUAAUAUUUCGGUUAACACUGGGAAAGUUGAUCGUCCUGAAAGUCCACAUUCGACCGUAAACAUCGAUGCUUAUGUUAACAAUUCCGUUCCCGCAUUAGCAUUCCAAGCCAGCAGUCGGCGUUCUCUACUACAGCGGGAAUCCCCAAUCGGUGCAUCCGAUCGGGACGAUAACAAAUACAAGAGACGAACUCCACAAGAACUGUUUUCUCGGUGGUCAAGACGAUUUUACGCACCGUCCUCUAGGCCGCCAUGGCGUCGAACAUGGUUUUUGGUGGUUAGCGGCUGUCUUGGUUUCGUUUGCAUUGUGUACGUGUUCGCUACCAUCGGACGUCGCGGCGGAGGCGCCGACAUCAGCCUUAUAUACAAUCGUAAUUUACCACACGAGGAAUAGGUGACCGAAGUUGACGAUGGGUUAAUUUUUAUUCAGCAUGAGGAGUGCAUUAUUAUUGUUUUGAUACAUCAGCCUAUUUCCAGAUACGAAACACUGGAUUAGGACUAAAUUUGUGGCUGAUAUGGGAUAUUUGUUGUUUUGGUUAGAUCGAGUAUGCAUAUUUUAAAUAAAUCAGUCUCAGUAAAGUAAUAUCCAAGCAUUGAGGUGCCACUACAAACUCACAACAUAAACCAACAGCAGUCGUUAAUUUUAACCGAACUACCAGCAACGCGUUUUACAUAGUUUUGUUUUUCAAAGCAGUCGAAAAAAUACUUAGAAUAUAAGCAAUAAUCCAAAUAUAAUUUUGUUUUCAUAAUUGCAUGCAUGUACGUGAUUUUUCAAUUCAAAUAUAACACAGCUAUAACAAACAACCUUCUGUGGUUUUGACAUUUCUAAAUGCUGGUAUGAAUAAACUGGCUAUUAAAAAUAUUUCGUGCAAUUAUUAUACGAUUUUUUUAAAUAUAAAAUCAAUGAGUAUUUAGUGUAAUAUUGUG